AUGGGUGUCCACCCCGAACCUUGCCAUCGCUUCCCGGACUUAAGAUCACAGUGGAUGUUCGUUGGCGCAGGCAGACAGUCGGAGCUUGGUCAAAAGAGUUGCCCGGCUCGAGAUACCUACUAUACCAGCCUCGUGAUGGGCGAACCAGAGUGCAGGUCUCUCGACGAGGAGAGCAGUGGUGAGAAGACUGUACAGCAGGAUGACUCCCAGUAUCCGUCAGCGAAGAAAGUGAUCCCGAUCAUGGUAGCAUUGUACCUCGUGGUAUUUCUCAUUGCCUUGGACCGGACCAUCAUCGCCACAGCCAUUCCCCGGAUUACGGAUCAGUUUCAUUCAAUCCAGGAUAUUGGCUGGUACGGCAGCAGCUAUUUGCUCACCGGAUGCUCAUUCAUGCUGCUGUUUGGCAAAUUCUACUCGCUCUACUCUCCCAAAUGGGUCUAUCUCACGGCUAUCGUCAUCUUUGAGAUUGGGUCCGCGGUGUGCGGAGCGGCCCCCAACUCAACUGCUUUCAUUGUCGGCCGAGCCAUUGCAGGUCUUGGUUCAGCCGGGGCCUUCUCGGGAACUGUGAUAAUCAUCGUUCAUACCGUCCCUCUGCGCAAGCGUCCUGCGUACACCGGCUUGAUGGGUGGGAUGUUUGGCAUCGCUUCUGUUGCGGGCCCCUUGCUUGGCGGUGUGUUCACGGACAGAGUCUCUUGGAGAUGGUGCUUCUACAUCAAUUUACCUAUCGGGGCUGUCACCUUGGUCAUCGUCACCUUCCUCCUCCGCAUCAAUAUCCCUCGAAAGAGCAUCGAAGGCCUGAGCUUGUACGAACAGUUUCUUAAACUCGAUCCUCUAGGCACCCUUUGCUUCAUGCCGAGCGUCAUUUGCCUGCUUCUUGCCCUUCAGUGGGGAGGCACUACCUACCCUUGGUCAGACGGGAGAAUAAUUGGCCUGUUCGUUGUGUUCGGCAUUCUUCUUAUUGCCUUUAUCGCAAUUCAGAUUUGGCGCAAGGAAGAAGCAACCGUGCCGCCACGCAUAUUCGUCCAGCGGAGCGUCCUUUCGGCGUUCUGGUUCACCAUCUGCCUCGGGUCCUCAAUGAUGACUAUAAUAUACUACCUUCCUCUCUGGUUCCAAGCUAUCAAGGGCGUCAGUGCCGUCAAAUCUGGAAUCAUGAAUCUCCCCAUGAUCUUAUCGCUCGUCAUAGGUGUGAUUCUGAGCGGAGGCCUGGUCACAGCGAUUGGCUAUUAUGCCCCCUUCAUGAUCGCAUGCUGUAUCCUUUCUUCUGUGGGUGCUGGACUCUUAACGACAUUUAUGCCAGACACGGGCCAUGCAAAAUGGAUAGGAUACCAAGUCAUCUACGGCAUAGGGUUGGGGUUGGGAAUGCAACAAGGAUCAGUGGCAUGCCAGACCGUCCUUUCCAAGGCCGAUGUACCAGUCGGCUCGUCUUUGAUUUUCUUCGCCCAGCAGCUCGGCGGCACGGUUUUUAUUGCUGUGGCUCAGAAUAUUUUCACAAAUAAGCUCACUUCUGGGCUUCGACAUAUCCCUGGCCUAGACCCAGCCAAGCUUGCUCAAGUUGGCGCAACCACGAUCCACGACCUAGUCAAAGAUCCGGACACGCUCAGAUCGGUACUGGAAGUGUAUAACCACGCGGUGGUCAAUACUUAUUACAUUGCUGUCGGGAUGUCAUGUGCCGCCUUCCUGGGUGCACUCACUAUCGAAUGGAAGAGCGUGAAAGGAAAGGAGAAGUCGUAA